AUGGUUCCUUCACACGACGACUAUUUCAUAACGACUAUUUUUUUUUGGCCUAUUUUUUUUUGGCCUAUUUUUUUUAGCUAUUUUUUUUUGGCCUAUUUUUUUUUGGCCUAUUUUUUUUUGGCCUAUUUUUUUUUAGCCUAUUUUUUUUUUCACCUAUUUUUUUUUGGCCUAUUUUUUUUUUUCACCUAUUUUUUUUCACCUAUUUUUUUUUCACCUAUUUUUUUUCACCUAUUUUUUUUGGCCUAUUUUUUUUUGGCCUAUUUUUUUUUGCCUAUUUUUUUUUGGGCCUAUUUUUUUUUGGCCUAUUUUUUUUUGGCCUAUUUUUUUUUUGGCUUAUUUGUUUUUGGCCUAUUUUUUUUAGCCUUUUUUUUACCUAGCCUCAUUCAUGAAGCUGCUGAGAGGACUACAACCUUAUUGAGAAACAGAGACUUUUUCUUACGCGAUUAA